UCUCAGAAUCUCAAGCCAAGUUUGAACAACAAUGGCUUGCUGGUUCUAGGGUUCCUUGAAAACAACAGUCUCGUCGACGGCAACGUCUCAAUUUCCUUUUGAAACGAAGGGCUUUUUCCUAAAUUGAAAAUCAAAACGUUGACAUUAUCAAAAAAAUAAUAGUAAUAAUAAAAAAAAAAAAAGAAAACAAAUUUGUAACCAAAGAAAACGUAUUUUUCUUCAAAGCUCACCUUUUUUUUUUUUGAAAUAUGCCGUCGGAGGACGCGAAGCCGGUGAAGAUGAAAUCGGAGGUGAAAGACGAAGGAGAGGACGACGAGAAGAGCCUGAGCUCCAUUAUGGAGAACCGCAAGAAGAAACUGGCGAAUAGCAAUGCGAAAGUGAAGGAAGAAGAGCCCCUAGAUUAUGAUUCCGAUAAGCCGACUAGGGCUCGCUCAAAGGAAACCAAAGUUAAAAAGGAAGAGAAUGCCGAUGACGAUGACGACGAUGAAAAGCCCCUUGCCAAGAGGAGCUCCUGCGUUAAGCCCGAUAAGGAUUUGAAGAAGAAGAAGAGAAAGGAGGAAGAGAAGAAGAGUUCUGCUGCGGAGCAGAAGAAGAGGGAGAGGAAAGUUUAUAAUUUGCCUGGUCAGAAGCGAGACACUCCUGAGGAGAGGGACCCGUUGAGGAUUUUCUACGAGACGUUGUACAAACAAAUUCCACAUAGCGAAAUGGCACAAUUCUGGAUGAUGGAGUCUGGCUUGCUUCCAGAAGCGGAGGCUAAGAAAGUUUUUGAGAAGAAGCAGAAGCGAAGUCAGCAGCAAAAGUUCAGUUCCCCGACAACAGCUGUUAAGAGCACUGCAUCUGCUGGAGUCAAGAGGAAGACUCCAUCUUCCCGAUUAUGUUCCAAUAAAAAGAAGCCGACAGAGUCCAAAGAUCCUCCAAAGCAGAGUAAGAAGCGGAAGAUUGGAGAUGCAAACUCUGAUGGUGAUUCUGAUGACGACUUCAUCAUCAACCAUGGCAAGAAGAAAAAGCGAGUUACUUAAUUGUUUUUCUCUUGAAGCUACACGAGAAUUCAAAUUUUACCAUCACAUGGUAGAAUUUGAAAUCAUGAUAACUGAUUGAAUUGUUUCCAUCUCAAAUCUUUUAGUUGAUCUAACUCGAUAUUUUCACUAGGCUUCCCCUCCUGUAAUUGAGUUGUAGUGACAAUUAACAUAUUUUUACCAUCACAUGGUAGCAUUUGAAAUCAUGAAGUGAUUGACUUGUUGCCAGCUCAAAUCUUUAGUUGACUGCUAUUUUCUACUAGGUUCUCCCACCUGCAAUUGAGUUGUAGUUACUAUUAGCAAAAACAAUACCUUAUUUUAAUGAAGCCUGAUCAUUUUAUA